AUGGAGGUUACUUCAAAGAGGAAGGCUCAAUCUUCAAGACGGGCAAGGCAUGUGAUAGUAAGGCCACAAGUUCAUGGAGUCGAGAAUGUAGGUGUGCAAGCCACGAAUCAAGUGUACAACAUGUGCACUAAUUGCAAUGAGAUAGGCCACACGGCGGAAGUAUGUUUGGUAGGAAUGGUUGAAGAGCAAGUGGAGGAGGUGAAUGCUAUUCAAGGGGGUAGUCGAAACUUUGACAUGCACUCGAACACAUACCACCCCGGGUUAAGAAAUCAUCCUAACUUCCGUUAUAGGAACCCGGCGAAUCAAGCUAACCCAAAUUUCCAAGGAGCUCAAGGUAAUUUUGCACCUUGUCAACAAUACAAUCAAGGUAAUUAUCGGGGUGGAAACAAUUUUGGCUACCAAGGUCAAUUUCAACAAUCGGGUGGUCAUAGUGGUUCUUCGGGUCAAACUUCAUCAAGUGGGAAUGAAGUUAUGGAGAUGCUAAAGGCAAUGCAACUAGAGAUGCAGCGAAGAAAUCAAAUGGGCGAUGUUCGCAUGCAAAAAGAUGAAAUCCGUGAUAAAGCUAUCCAAUCUUUGACCACUCAAAUGGGUCAACUUGCAAGUGAAGUGGCAAUCUUGAAGAAAGGAUCAUGUCAACUACAAAGUGAUGCGGUGACAAAUUCCAAAAACAUUAAAAGUGUUAAUAUCAAUGUGGUAAGUACCGUUCCUAGUAGUGAAUUUAAUGAAACAUUUCUGACUUCUUCUUGUCAAGUGAGUGCAGGUAUGGGAAAAGAUGCCGGGGUUGAAAAUGACAAAGAGCAUGGAGUACCACUUAUGCCUAUCCGAGUGGGAAAACUAAAAAUUCCUCAUGCAUUGUUGGACUAUGGGGCGGGCAUGAGCAUGCUAUCAGGCGAGUUAUAUGACAUGUAUGACUUUGGCCCGCUGCAAGAUGUAGAUACCAUGGUGAGCUUGGCGGAUGAAAGUUGGAGGCGUCCACGGGGAAUGGUUAGGAAUGUUAAGAUUCAGUUGGGAGAGUUUGAAUAUCCGGUGGAUUUUCUAGUUCUAGACUAUGCUUCUACCAAAAUGGCAGCACAACAAAGGGUAAUCUUAGGUCGACCGUUUCUAUACACAGCAAAUGCUCAAAUCAAUUGUAGAGAUGGGAUUAUUACCAUGACCGAAAAGAACCGUAAGUUGUCCUUUGAUGUUCAAACUAGAGUGAUUAGUUAUGAGUCCAUUGAGGGGAAGGGUGGUGAGUCUAGUGAUUGUAUGAAAAAUGUGUGUCAAAGAAUGAAAAUAAAUCACCCACCAAAUCGUGAAGAAACGCAUACGGGAUCAAGUAGGAGUGUAUUCGAUUACCCACCGAAUCGAAGCGGGACGGAUGCAUUUUACACAAAGGCAUGA